GCAAGAUGUGACUGUGCAGUCACCCUGUCCCAUAGCUACUGCAGAGGAGCUGGCAAAGUGAUCAAGGACUUACCCAGGAGCCAUGGCAAAGCAUGCGCUUGUAAUUUACAUCCUGGUUAUCACCUUGCUUCUGGACCAGACCACCAGCCACACAUCCAAAGCUAAAGCCAAGAAGCACAACAAGCGCCGAGUGAAAGAAAAAGAUGGAGACCUGAAGACUCAAAUUGAAAAACUCUGGAGAGAAGUUAAUGCACUGAAGGAAAUGCAGGCCCUCCAGACAGUCUGUCUUCGAGGCACAAAAUUUCACAAGAAAUGCUACCUGGCUUCAGAUGGUAUGAAGCACUUCCAUGAAGCCAAUGAAGACUGUAUUUCCAAGGGAGGGACCCUGGUUAUCCCCAGAAAUGCCGAUGAAAUCAAUGCACUUCGGGAUUAUGGGAAAAGGAGCCUGCCAGGGAUCAAUGACUUUUGGCUGGGCAUUAACGACAUGGUCACAGAAGGCAAGUUUGUUGAUGUGAAUGGUGCUGCCAUCUCCUUCUUCAACUGGGACCAUGCACAACCCAAUGGAGGCAAGCGGGAAAACUGUGCCCUAUUCACACAGUCAUCUCAGGGCAAAUGGAGUGAUGAGGUCUGUCGUAGCAAUAAAAGGUACAUAUGUGAAUUUACCAUCCCUUAAUAGAGGCUGCUCAAACUCAUCUUCCAAGCAAGACCAGUAAUCAUACAUAGGCAAAAGGCCCCCAAGAAUAAAUCCAAAUCUCACAAAGAGUCUGUAUUCACAGGAACAUAAGUCAGAAAGUUUUGCUACCAUAUUUCAUUAUGUCUUUGCCACCCAUUUGGGGUACAGGGGACUCAGAAAAUAAUGCACUACCUGUGUGUAUGCUGUGAACAGUUUCUGCAAAAUAAGCUAUCAAAUUCUGCUCUCUUUUCUACUUUCUCUCCUUAAAGACUAGGAAAAACAGAUCAGGUCUGCCUUCAAAACACAAUAUCCUGGAAAACAAGUUUGGGUCACCUGGGUGGUUUUCUCUUGCAAGUUUAUUAUAGAUUUGAUUAAUGAAAAUUCUCUAAAUCAGAGAUUCUAGGUGCUAUCUAACCCCAUAACUUUGCUAUCUGGUAUUCACUGUGUUUCAUCUCACCAUAGAACUUUGUUUUCCUGCUGUCCUGCCUGUUAGUUGGUGCAUCUCCUAGCAGGACUGUAACUUUUCUAUCACAGCAGAACACUAUUGACUUAGAGAGGUUCUGAUUUAACUCUGUUUCCUUCAGAACCAUUCCCUGUCCCACGUGUACAGCCCUUAGGUGGUAAAUUCCCUGGAAAAAUCUAAAUAAAGGAUCACAUUUGGUCAAUUUUCACUCUCAGCAUCCCAUUCCAUUUCAUUGUACAACUGGAAUAGGUAACCGCUAUGGCAGUCAAGUACAGCAGAGUAUAAGGGAAACAUAGAAAAUAUGUAUAUUUUCUCCUUGCUCUAGCAUCCUUAUACUCCACUAUGAAAUCGGGGAUGGACAAUAUAUGUUAGUUUAGCCCUCCUUUUUUAAACAUAAUUUAAACACAUAGUAUCUAUUUCAACAGUCAUGUGUUUAAGUCUAUGGGGGGGGGAAUCUAUCUUUGGAGGUUGCAAAUUGUAUUUAAAUAAUAUUUGGAGUCACACUGUGCAACUUUUAAUGCUGUCAGAUUUAAUUCCCAUUAAAUUCUUUAACUAGAUAAUGUAAAAUAACUAUACUGCUGAAUGUAAACUUACAAAGUUUAGGCUUGGGAAUAAAGGGUGUUUUUUUUUUUAAGCAAAUGAUUCUAAGUAUAUACUGUCCUUUAAAUAACUGUACUUAUUUUUAUCUAAAUGUUGAAUUUCUUUCUUUAAAUGUUUAAUGAACAACAUUCUUCAAUGCAAAUUUUAAAUACACAUGCUUGGAGUUAAGUUUUAGUUUUCUUUAUUACACAAUAAUAAAGCUUGACUAUUGAUCAGUGUGGGUGUAUUUGGAUGUUGAUUGCAAUUAUAUUAUGCUGGUUUAUACAAAACAU